AUGGGUGACAAGUAUGCUACUCUGAGGCGGGCCCAGCUGCAUUUGGAUUUCAUCCACGCCAACUCAGAUGCAGGGGCUGCAAGACUUGAUGUGUUUUCAGUGGCUAAUGAAAAACUGCAGGGUGGAUUCAUGUUGUGCUUUCUGGAUGAUGGAUGCGGUAUGAGCCCUGAGGAAGCCUCCGACAUCAUUUACUUUGGAACAUCCAAGAAACGGUUAUCGACCUUAAAGUUCAUUGGGCAAUAUGGCAAUGGUCUUAAAAGUGGAUCCAUGAGGAUUGGAAAAGACUUUAUUCUUUUCACAAAGAAGGAGGAAACGAUGACCUGUGUGUUUUUUUCUCAGACAUUCUGUGAAAGAGAAGGUCUGAGUGAGGUUGUGGUUCCAAUACCUUCAUGGUUAACAAGAACCAGAGAAUCUGUCACAGAUGAUCCUCAGAAAUUCUCAACGGAAUUGUCUAUAAUUUAUAAGUACUCUCCAUUUAAAACUGAAGCUGAAUUAAUGCAGCAAUUUGGUGUAAUCUAUGGGAAAUGUGGUACUUUGCUGGUUAUUUAUAACUUGAAGCUUCUGCUUAAUGGAGAACCAGAGUUGGAUGUUAAAACUGACAAGGAAGAUAUACUGAUAGCUGGAGCUCUUGAGAAUUUUCCAGAGAGAUGGUCAUUCAGAGCCUUCACAUCUGUUCUGUAUUUUGACCCUGGGAUGAGAAUAUUCAUUCAGGCCAAAAGAGUUAAAACAAAAUAUCUGUGUUAUUGCCUCUACAGACCCAGAAAGUAUCUGUAUGUCACAUCUUCUUUUAAAGGAGCAUUUAAAAAAGAAGUGAAAAAAGCUGAAGAAGCAGUAAAGAUUGCUGAACUCAUAUUGAAAGAAGCACAAAUCGAAGUAAACCAUCCUGACAGAGCUUCCUUGUCUUCUUCUGCCAAGGAUGUAUUGCAGAAAGCUUUGGAAGAUGUGGAGGCAAAGCAUAAGAUUCUUAAAGAGAAACAGAGAGAAUUAAAAAAAGCAAGGACACUCUCCCUGUUCUUUGGAGUGAACAUAGAAAACCGGAGCCACGCUGGGAUGUUCAUUUACAGUAAUAACCGCUUGAUCAAAAUGCAUGAGAAAGUGGGCCCACAGUUGAAACUGAAGUCCUUGCUUGGCGCAGGUGUGGUUGGAAUUGUUAACAUACCUUUGGAGAUCAUGGAACCAUCUCAUAAUAAGCAGGAAUUUCUCAAUGUCCAAGAGUAUAAUCAUCUGCUAAAAGUCAUGGGACAGUACCUGGUUCAGUACUGUAAGGACACCGGGAUCAGUAAUAGAAAUCUAACAUUGUUUUGGAAUGAAUUUGGACACCAAAAUAACAAGGACAUGGAGACGUCUUUAGAUUCUAUUCAGUAUCAAAGAAGACAAGCCAUGGCCAUUCCAUUUAUGAUUCAGUGUGAUAUAUGCCUUAAAUGGAGAGUUUUGCCUUCCUCUGCUAAUUAUCAGGAAAAAGAUUUUUUCGACAUCUGGAUGUGUGCUAAUAAUCCUAACCCCUUGGAAAACAGUUGUCAUCUGGCAGAAUGCUUACCUUCCAUCCCUCUGGGCACCAUGAGCAGAGGAUCACCAUCACAAAAUGAGAAAGACAAGCAACUUCAAGAGUCAGUCCAAAGGUAUCAGACUCGUCUAGCAGAACAGCAGCUGCAGGAAAAUACAAAAACCCAGAAAAUCAGGCCUUCGGGUAAUAACUUGAAGCAUGAGUCGCCUGCAUCCUUUGAAGUUCCGGUCAGCUGCAGAGGCUGUAAAAGAAACACAGAAGGGACAGACUCUGAUGUAGAGUACAUUUCAGAGACUAAAAUUAUGAAGAAGUCUACACAAAGGAAAGUGAAACAACAGCGGAGACAUUCAGCAGCCUUGACAGAAAAUGUCAGCCUCACUGAGGGAUACCAGAUUUUAGAUCAAAACGAUGCUGAUGUAUCAUUGAAACAAGAAAAAACGGAGGUUUCUCUUAUGAAAAAAGAAAAACAGGAGCUAUGCAGUGAUACUGCAGAAAUAAAGAGAGACUCUUCAUUUCUUAACUGGGAAAGUGUGCCAAUGGAAGAUUUAAAUCUAAGUUCUGGAUACAAACCCAGAGUUUCUAUGAGUGGUGGUUGUAAAGUUGCUUCUUUGCUGACAAAGUCUUCUCAAAGCACAUCUGUCAAGGAAAAAGUAAGAAAACUGAUGUCUAAUUUAUGGGAGAUUCUUCUGUAUUUCUUUCCUGACUGUCAGCUCCUAUCAGAAUUUGGCUACACAUCUGUGAAGGAACUUAUAGCAACUUCUGAGCUGGAGCAAUGCCCAGAGCAGACAAACAGAAAGCUGAAAAUGUGUUUCAGCCAGGUCCAGAAUGUUUACAUGGUCCAAUAUGAAAAAGAACUAAAGAGAAAAAUUCAGUCUAUUAUCUAUGAUGCUAAUAAAACAGGAGUGAUUAAUGAAAUAGCUCUUCCCGUAGCUGUAAGAGGUUUAGAGUAG